UUUAUUUCCAAAUAGAAAAAGAUUAUAAUAUCACAUUGCUUAGAGCACUGAGAAAACAGGCAGGGAUAUACGACUGAUCCUCGGUAUUUAUACAUUAUAAAUCAAAAGAAUAUCAAGGCAAAGGGAAGAUAACAUAGAAAAGGACAAUUUCUUUAAAAGGCCUUGUUCCCAAUUUAUAAUUAUUAGUCAUAAUCUUUUAUUUCUGUCAACAGAUCAGAAAAUAACAAUGAGCUUCAAUGUCCACUUUUUUAUACAUUUGAGGUUAGUCUACGUUCAAUAUUUUCAAUUACUUGUAAUUGAGGGAAAGUGUUAUUCAGGGACUAAUAAAUUUUAAAAAAUAGAAAAACAAUACUGAUUAAUAAAUUUACUGUUUUUCUUUGACUACAAAUACCAGUUUUGUUUAGUCUUAAACUAUAAAAUACACAGAUAUACCUGUAUCUGUUUACAGAUGGAUGGAUAACCCUACGUUUGUAGUAUCAUGCCUUAUAGUUUCUCAAAACAUUUUCAUUCACUUUAUCUUCUACAUACAUUGUCUCCUGAUUCUGGCAAGAAGAGCCCUGUGGAGCCUCCAGGGCAAACAUGGCUCACAUUUCACAUAAGCAGGAGGGAUGCUGAGAAGCUUAUGUAACUUGCUCAAGAUGAAGCACUUAACUAAGAUUUGGUGACUUUCAUUUCAGUGAUUUUUUUGCAUUGUAUCAUGUUGCUUGACGAUAUUACGUUGAUAGUUGAAAUAUCACUGUCCGCCUUAAUUUAUAGGAUUCUCCUGAUGAGGCUGCUUGAACUGAUUCCUCCUUCAGCUGACCAGUCCAGGGGGCAGGCAUUUUCUCUCAUUUCAUACGAUUUGAUUACUUCUGUCCCAAGUAAACAACCUACUAUCCAGAUCAUGGAUUCUUAUACUGCACCAGAAUCAACUCCCAGACAAAGUGCAUCGUCAAGGGUUAAAGAUUACUUUAUAGGUGCCACCCCUCUGCAGAAGCGAUUAGAAUCAGCCAGGAAGCUGACUUCAUUUGUCCCCACUCCAUCUCGAAGGAAAAUCCCCCAGUGUUCACAGCUGCAGGAAGAUGCUGAACUUCAAAAGGUGGCGUUCCUUUUGCAUAAGCAAUGGUCUUUAUACAGUUUAACUCCCCUAUAUAAAUUCUCCUAUACUAAUCUCAAAGAGUAUUCUAAACUUCUGAGUGCAUUUAUUGCUGCUGAAAAGCAAAAAGGCCUUGCUGUGGAAGUGGGAGAAGACUUCAAUAUCAAAGUGAUUUUCUCUGCUCUGCUGGGAAUGAAAGGAACACAAAGGGACCCUGAAGCAUUUCUUGUCCAGAUUCUGUCAAAAUCUCAAUUGCCAUCUGAGAAUGGAGAAGGUAAAGUCUUGUGGACUGGUUGGUUCUGCUGUAUAUUUGGAGACAGUCUUCUGGAGACGGUUUCAGAAGAUUUCACCUGUCUACCCUUAUUCCUUGCAAAUGGAGCAGAGACUAAUACAGCCAUAAUCGGAACCUGGUUUCAGAAAACUUUUGACUGUUAUUUCAGUCCCUUAGCAAUCAGUGCAUUUAAUCUUUCCUGGAUGGCUGCUAUGUGGACUGCAUGCAAAAUGGACCGUUAUAUGGCUACUACUGAAUUUCUAUGGUCUGUGCCCUGUAGCCCUCAAAGUCUGGACAUUUCUUAUGCCAUACAUCCAGAGGAUGCAAAAGCUUUGUGGGACAGUGUCCACAAAACACCUGGAGAAGUUACCCAGGAGGAAGUUGACUUAUUCAUGGACUGCCUUUAUUCCCAUUUCUACAGGCAUUUCAAAAUUCAUUUAUCAGCCACAAGAUUGGUUCGUGUUUCAACAUCUGUAGCUUCAGCACAUACUGAUGGAAAAAUAAAGAUUCUGUGUCAUAAAUACCUUGUUGGAGUGUUGGCAUAUUUGACAGAACUGGCAAUUUUUCAAAUUGAGUGAGGACUUGUGGGGACGAUAAAUUAUGGAUUAUAUACCUUUUUCUCAUUUAUUAUUUGCCUAAUCGCUAAGCUGAGCGGGACUGCAAGAGAAAUGGGCAUCCAUCUCCACAUCUGUUUCCUACAGAGCCUUUGGAGUUGCCCCGAUGGAAGCCAAGAAGGAUCUAGAAGAAGAGGGGGUAGUGGAUGAACCACAGCCAGGUGCUCAUAUAACAGUCAUGAUAAUGUGGGAUGCCAGUCUCUAGAAAAUGCUGAGUUGUUCAUUGACCAUGUUUCUAAAAAAUGUGUAAUGUUUAGUAUGUUAAACUUUUAGGAUUCAAAUGAGGUAUCUGUAAUAUUGAGUAUUUCAGAUUUGGGUCUUUAAAGCCUGUAAUCUCUUUUAAGCAUUUUAGACUUGCAUUCAGAGAGAAUUUCUGUCUUGUAAAGACAUUUUCCUAGCACCAUUUUGCUGUGGAAAACCAGCAAUUGAAAAACCCUCUCAAAGGAAACGAAAGACUAGUUUAGAUUUUUUUUAGCCACUAAUAUGCUCCUGUUUUUAAUAUUCAAUUCUUAUUGCAAUGUUAAAUUAAAUAUUCACUUUUAAAAUGAAGCAGUGUGUUUAUCAGUGUCUUGGUGACAGAUCUUGAAUGUGUCAGGAAUGGGAAGUCAUGGGCCUUUUCUCUAGCACAGAGAUUAUAAACCAGCAAUUAGAAUCUUACAAAUUGUAGAGUUGAAAGGCACCUGUGAGCCUCUUUUGAGGGCAGAGAUUUUCUUGUUUAACUUUCAUGUCCCUAAGUUUGCUUUAGCGCAGUGCUUGGUAAAUACCUGUAAAUUAAAUGAAUUUUAACCAAUUCUUCCAUUUUAUAGAUGAAAACUGAAAUGCAGCAAUUUAGGAGAUUUACCCAAGAGAUUGUAUCUAAAUCUCUUCUUUUUACUGAGCAUAGAAAGGUUUUGUUUUACUUUAGAAACAAUGUUUUUAAAAAUCUUGUUUGGAGGAAAGUAACUCUAAUAGGCUGUCAUUCUAAAAAACAAAGGUUAACUUGCGGAGUGUGGUAUUAUUUCACAUAUACUAGGAACAACAGAGGUAGUAGAAAAAGCAUGGGCUUUGGAGUCAGACCUUUGUUCAUUCAACUAAUACUAAUCUACUGUAUGCUUAGAAUUGUAUUGGGUAAUAGCAGCAAAGAUAGAAAAGAUCCCUGUCCUAUGGAAAUUAUAUUCUAGUAGAGGAAGGCAAAAGGUAAAUAAUUUCAUAUAGAGAUAAAUGCUAUAAAGAAAAUAAGGCAGUGGGAUAUGAAAGAGGUGGCUGGGACAGGGCCUGCUUUACAUACAGUUGUCAAAGAAGGUCUCUGAGGAAGUGACAUUGGAGCUGGGUCCUGCAUGAUGACAAGAAAUCAGCCACAUGAUGGUCUGAGGAAGCUGUGCUAGCCGGGUAUCACUGCAGAGCAAAGGCCUUGAGCCAGGGAGAGCUUGGCUUGUCUGAGGAAGGAAGGGAAUCUGUGGCGGGAGCAGUGGUGAGGAGUGGAGCGGUAUGAGAUGAAACAGGACACUGCCACAGACACUUCUUCCACGUGUUGUCUCCCAACUUUUGGCUGGGCAUGUGGCUGCCCAGGAUAAAGAGGACGUUUUUCCAGCCUUUCUCUUAGGUAGGUGCAGUCUUGUUUAAGUUACUGUUUUUUGGGGUCUCUUGCUCAUUGCCAAACCUGAGCCUACCUGACACAGAGAGGCAGGAGCUUGUUUUUAUAAGUACUGUGAAGAGAUUGGCUUUUACUCUAAAUGUAAUGGGAAGCCACUGAAGUUUGAAGCAGAAGAAUAUGACCCAAUUUGUAUUUUAUACGUUAUGAGGGAGAAUGAGUUGUAGGUGGACAAGAGUGGAAGAGGAAAACAGUUAAAAGGUUGUUAGAAACGAUACCACCUCUGUGGAGAAGUUAGCUGUCUAUCAAAAUUGUGUGAUGUACCCUUGGACCACCAAUCCCACUCCUAGGAUUCUGUCCCCAAAAUCACUGGCAAAAAUACAAAAUGAAGGCUAUUUAUUACAACAGUAUUUGUAAUAUUAAGACUAAAAACAAUCCAAUGCCUGCCAGAGGCAGACUGAAUAAAUUAUGGUUUAGCUGCCCAAUGAACUACUAUGCAGCUAUAAAUAGGUUUGAGGAAGAUGUCGAAUACUGCUAAGAGUUGAUCUCUUGGAGAUGUUAUGUGGAAGAGCAAAAUGUGGGCAGAGUGCUUAAUAUGCUGUGUUUUAUGGAAGGAACAGAAUAUGAGUAUGUGUGUAUGUUUCCUUAUGUUUUAAAAAAACAGUGGAAGGAUAACCCAAAAACUAAUAACAGUGGUUACUAAUAGGAGGAAGAAACUCGGUAGAGGGAACAGGGAUGAAUGUUAUGACUUACCUGUAUAUUAUUUGUUUUUAGUUUGGAACAAUGUUUUAUAUAAUCAUGGAACAAAAUUGGAUCAAAAAGGAAAAACCAAAGCACUCCUAAAAACUGAAAACAAAUGAACCUAAAUAUAGUAAGUCCAUGCUAUAAUCACACAAAUUAUUUUUAGUAUCUUUGAGUACUCCUAUUUUGACUGUUCAUGGUCAGUGGGCUAUAUAUCCUAGGAAAAGAAGAGCAGCAAAGGAAUCUUAAAUUGCAUUUAUUAGUAAUGUUGGUGUUACUAUUUUACCAGUAUUUAUAAGAUGAAAUAUGUAAUUAUAACAAUGUUAGGAACCAAGAUUUUCAGUAUAAGAGAAAAGAUGAUUAUAAAAUCAGGUAAGCUAAAGUAAAAACUGUAAUAUUAAAUUUGAAUUGAAAUUAUCAGAAUGAAUUUGUUUAUUUUUGAAAUGCAAAAGUUUUCAAUUUUGAUAAGGCCCAUUUAUCAAUUUUUUUCUUUUAUUUCCUGUGCUUUUGGUGUUUUUAAUAUAUCUAAGAAAUCAUUGCUUAACCAGAAGUCCUGAAGAUUUACUCCUGUUUUCAUCUAAGGAUUUUAUAAUUUUAGCUCUUAAAUUUAGGUCUGUAAAUCAUUUUCAGUUAUUUUUUAUGUAUGGUGUGGGUAAGCAUCCAAAUUCAUCAUUUUGCCUGUAGAUAUUCAUGUUUCAGCACCAUGUAUUGGAAGACUAUUACUUUCCCAUUAAUCAGUUGGCCAUACAUGAGUUUAUUUUUGGACUCUCAGUUCUAUUUCAGUGAUCUAUAACAUGUCAGACCUAUGCCAGUACCACACUGUCUGAUUACUGUGGAUUUGUAGUGUGUUUUGAAAUCAGGAAGUUACGAAUCUUCCAGCUUUGUCCUUUUUUCAAGAUUGUUUUGGCUAUUCUGGGUCUUUUGCAUUUCCUUAAGAAUUGUAGGAUCAGUUGGUUGAUUUCUGUAAAAAAGUUUAGCUGGGAUUUUGGUCGUGAUGGUGUUGAAUUUGUAGAUGAAUUGGGGAGUAUUGCCAUCGUAGUUAUGUCUUCCAAUCUAUGAACAUGGGAUAGGAUAUCUUGCCAUUUAUUUAACUCUUUUCAAAAUUUCCUUCAACAUUUUAUAGUUUUUAGCAUACAAACAUUGCACUUUUUUUGUUAAAUUUAUUCCUAUGUAUUUUAUUCUUUUUUAUGCUAUUGAGAAUAGAAUUGUCUUCUGAAUUUCGUUUUUGGACUGUUUGUUGCUAGUGCACAGAAAUACAAUUGAUAUGGCUCUUGUAUCUUGUCACCUCGCUGAACUUGUUCGCUGUAGUAUUUUUGGUGAAUUCCUUAGGAUUUUUUAUGUACAAGAUUGGUGUCAUUUGUGAAUAAAGAGUUUUACUUUUUAAUUU